ACUUAACGCCUCCUUUGCAAUUAUCAUGUAAAUCAUUCCCAAUACAAGAGUUCCCCAAAGAUCUAGGAAUCUAAAACCUUAAAUUCAUCGAACAUCUAAAAUAACCCACCAAAACCCACUUCACGGUUCACAUCAAUGGCUUCUCCACCGCUCUUAUUCUUCAUCUCCAUCAUCAUCUCCGCAACUGUCAUCCCCUUCGUUCGCUCUGUUCCUUUCAUCGUUUUGCAUGGAAUUGGAGAUAAAUGCACCAAUCGAGGGAUCACGCAUUUCACUGAGGAACUAAGCAACUGGUCUAGUUCUCAAGGAUAUUGCAUAGAAAUUGGAAAGGGGCCGUGGGAUUCGUGGACAAUGCCCUUGUUGGAACAGACUGCUAUUGUUUGUGAGAAGGUGAAGCAAAUGAGUGAACUGAGUGAGGGUUACAACAUAGUUGGACUUUCUCAGGGUAAUGCGAUCGGUCGAGGUGUUAUUGAGUUUUGUGAUGGGGGACCUGCUGUUAAGAAUUUCAUAUCACUUGGAGGUCCCCAUGCCGGUACUGCUUCUAUUCCACUUUGUGGAUCUGGGUGGAUUUGCAUUCUUAUUGACAGUUUAAUCAAGUCAGAGAUCUACAGCAACUACAUCCAGGAACACUUGGCUCCUAGUGGUUAUCUUAAAAUCCCAACCGAUAUUGAUGACUAUUUGAGUGGUUGUAAAUUUCUCCCAAAGCUUAAUAAUGAAAUCCCUAACGAGAGAAAUGCCACCUACAAGGAAAGAUUUGCUAGCAUAGAGAAUUUGGUACUCAUAAUGUUUGAGCAGGACACCAUUUUGAUACCGAAAGAAACUGCUUGGUUUGGAUAUUAUCCCGAUGGGACUUUCGAUUCUGUUCUGCCCCCUCAAGAGACAAAGCUCUACAUUGAAGACUGGAUUGGUUUAAGAACUUUGGAUGAAGCUGGGAAAGUUAAAUUCGUAAGCGUGUCGGGAAAUCAUCUAGAAAUCUCUAGGAGUGACAUGGCAAAAUACAUAGUGCCGUACUUGAUCGGCCAGUCAGCAACACAGCAGGCAAUGGCCGGCUCUUUGUCUCAUGACAAUUGGUUUUCAUCAAUGUGGAACAACUUCCUGGAACUGGCUGGGAUUACUGAGAGUCGCCUUUUGCAGCGCUCUAUCUAUUAAGCCGAUGGUCGUCGGCUAGAUCGAUGAUGAGGAAUUUAAAGGAUUGGAAUGAAGAGUGAAAAACACAAGUUCUAAAUGGUUACCACUGGUAGACAUAUGUACCAAUCAAUCCAGUGAGACUUUGUUACAUUUGUCUAUGUUAAUGUGAUUGUUUCGAUCGUAAUUAUGUUCCAUUGGCUGCUUGUUAUCUGUCAAGAACAGCCUGCCUGAUUUCAAGAAAACAAUAUUUUAUAAGAACAACGUUAGCUUCCCAAAUAAUGUUAGAUUCCCAACAUUUUAA